AUGCUUUCGAAGAAAGUGGGUAAUGCGAAGGAACUCUCUUUAGCUCGCCGCGUGCAGCUCGCAGUCGUUGCACAUAUUCGCCACACAUAUACCGAGUACGACAACAUUCUGAAGCACAAGACAGGGACGUGGACCGAAGCUCGACAGCAAGUUGAGCACGUCUCUCUAGCGAAGCUGAAGGAAUGGAGAGACGAGACAGACGAAGCCAGUAACGAGCUGGAGGAGACCUUCCGCGAAGUCAUUGUGCUCGACGAUGACGAGGAAUCGAGUGACGAUGAGAGCUCGUCGGCUCCCGAUACACGUGAACCGAGCAUGGAGAUUGUCUUCAACCGGGCCACUGCGCGGGAUCUACAGCCGGAGCUCGGUGACCGCAUGCGUGCAUUUGAUCCCUACGUGAGUAGAGCAUCGCGCAGGACGAUCGUUCUUCGACCGAUGCCUACAUAUUCACACCGUCAAUCGCUCGUCUCUAGUCCAUCACGUGCUCACACGACUCCACAGGCAAGCCGAGCAGACGCCCGAGCCUUGCUCCCUAGUCCAGUUGUGACUCGUGAUCCUUCUAGAGCGCAAGCUGAGAUGUACCGUCCAGCGAAAGGUGAGUUAUCCCGAUAUGUUCAAGGACCGUUAGAGCGCACGCUCAUUAUAGACGACGACUUAGGUCGACCAGUUGAGCCGUAA